AUGACCACAGAUAAACUCCCACCAAUGACUGAAGACACAGGAACUUCAGGAGUAAACGAGUUGGUGUCUGAGGAAUUCAGAGUUCCAGUUUCUCCAGAAGAUCUAUCAUCUAUUGAUAUGCUAAACGCGGACCAGAAACAUGCAUACGACAGGGUAGUGAAUUCUGUUAGAAGGGGCGACAAAUCUGUAUUCUUCAUUGAUGGUCCGGGUGGUUCAGGGGAAACAUUUCUCUAUAGGGCGAUAUUGGCUAAGUUACGUAGUGAAAGACGUAUUGCAAUUGCAACUUCGACAUCAGGGAUUGUUGCAACCAUGAUGCCAGGUGGGAGGACCGCCCGUUCUAGAUUUAAGAUACCUGUAUCAGCAACCUCAACUUCUACAUGCAACAUAGUUGCAGAAGAUCCUUUGGCAGAUUUCAAUCGAAAAGCCGAUUUGAUUAUUUGGGACGAAGCAACGAUGGCAAACCGAUAUGCAUUUGAAGCACUGGACAGAACGUUAAGAGAUUUGACCAAAGUUGAAUUGCCAUUUGGAGGGAAGAUUUUGCUUUAA